AUGUCAGGAAUUCCACCGCUUCCUGAACGAUUCGAUGAUCUCCCCGACAAGCGUCGGUAUUGGCCUGCGCCCGCCGGCUCGGAAGAAGAGGGUCUAGGCAUGCUGCGCAUCCUAACGCCAGAGAUAGUCGCAGAAGCGGCACGAACGCAAAUCCAGACUGGCGAGCGAGUGUGUCUAAACUGGGACAUUGAGAACUUGAACCCACCUGGAUUCGGUCGCAAGCCCUUUGAGCACCGCAUCAAAUGGGUCAACGAGGGCGUUGCAUUCGACGAUGAAUACCACUUCAAUCCUCAACAAACCUCACAAUGGGACGGCUUCAGACACCAUGCCAAUAAAGACGGUGUCUUCUACGGCGGCACGACAGCUGAAGAAAUCAUGGACACUCAAUCACCACGCAUUGGAAUCGGAUACUGGGCGAAGAAGGGCAUUGCAGGUCGUGGCGUUUUAAUCGAUUACGUCUCGUACGCCCAAAAAAGAGGCAUUCCUCUAAACGCGCUCUCUCGACAAAUGAUCUCUCUCGACGAAGUUCAAGAAAUCGCACGAGACUGCAACAUUACCUUCCAAAAGGGCGAUAUUUUCUUCCUCCGCGUGGGCUUGCCAGGGACAUGGGCGGCUAUGUCUGCGGAAGAGCGCAAGGCAUACAGCGAGCAGCGCAUGCCGCAGCAUGCAGGUAUCGAACAGAGUGAGCGAGUACUACGCUUCAUGUGGGAUAACCACUUUGCAGCUGUUGCGUCUGACGCAGUGAGCUUUGAGGUGUUCCCUGCGAUCAACGAAGAGUAUGAUCUACACCAUCACCUGUUGGCUGGGUGGGGAGUGCCGAUUGGAGAGAUGUUUGAUUUGGAUGAGUUGGCGGCUACUUGUGAAAGAUUGGGGCGUUGGAGUUUCUUUAUUUCGAGUAGUCCAUUGAAUUGUGCUCGGGGAGUGUCUAGUACGCCUAAUUGCAUGGCGAUCUUCUAG